CGGAGGGGCGGGGCGCGAGCGGCUUUGGGUAAUGGCAGCGCUGUGAGGACGGAACGGGGCAGCGACCGCGGCCGAGGGCAGGAGCGAGGGACGCCGGGCGGGGGUCGCUGACUCGGGCCCCGGGCCGCCAGAUUAACACUAAAGCCCCACAAUGUCCUUGAAACCACGAGUAGUUGACUUUGAUGAAACAUGGAACAAACUUCUAACAACGAUUAAAGCUGUUGUGAUGUUGGAUUAUGUUGAAAGAGCAACGUGGAAUGAUCGCUUCUCAGACAUUUAUGCUUUGUGUGUGGCCUAUCCCGAACCUCUUGGAGAGAGACUUUAUACUGAGACUAAAAUUUUUUUGGAGAAUCAUGUACGCCAUUUGCACAAGAGAGUUCUGGAAGCUGAAGAACAAGUACUGGUUAUGUAUCACAGAUACUGGGAAGAGUAUAGCAAAGGGGCAGACUAUAUGGACUGUUUAUACAGGUACCUCAACACACAGUUUAUUAAGAAGAACAAAUUGACUGAAGCUGAUCUUCAGUAUGGUUAUGGAGGGGUGGAUAUGAAUGAACCUUUGAUGGAAAUUGGAGAGCUAGCUCUUGAUAUGUGGAGAAAAUUAAUGAUUGAGCCACUGCAGGCCAUCCUUAUUCGGAUGCUCCUCCGAGAAAUAAAAAAUGAUCGCUGUGGAGAAGACCCAAACCAGAAAGUAAUCCAUGGGGUUAUUAACUCCUUUGUUCAUGUUGAACAGUAUAAGAAAAAAUUCCCCCUAAAGUUUUAUCAGGAAAUUUUUGAGUGUCCUUUUCUGAAUGAAACAGGGGAGUAUUAUAAACAAGAAGCUUCGAACUUAUUGCAAGAGUCAAAUUGCUCACAGUACAUGGAGAAGGUUUUAGGUAGAUUAAAAGAUGAAGAAAUGCGAUGUCGGAAGUACUUGAAUCCCAGCUCAUAUGGCAAAGUAACUCAUGAAUGCCAACAGAGGAUGGUAGCUGAUCACUUGCAGUUUCUACAUGCAGAAUGUCACAAUAUUAUCAGACAAGAGAAAAGAAGUGACAUGGCAAAUAUGUAUACUCUACUUCGUGCUGUGUCAAGUGGUUUACCUCAUAUGAUUCAGGAACUACAAAACCAUAUCCAUGAUGAGGGCCUUAGAGCAACCAGCAAUCUUUCUCAGGAAAAUAUGCCAACUCAGUUUGUGGAGUCAGUUUUGGAAGUACAUAGUAAAUUUGUUCAACUGAUCAACACUGUUUUGAAUGGUGAUCAGCACUUCAUGAGUGCCCUUGACAAGGCUUUGACAUCAGUAGUUAAUUAUCGGGAGCCCAAAUCGAUCUGCAAAGCACCUGAGUUGCUGGCCAAAUACUGUGACAACUUGUUAAAGAAAUCAGCAAAAGGAAUGACAGAGAAUGAAGUAGAAGACAAGCUUACAAGUUUCAUUACUGUUUUCAAGUACAUUGAUGACAAAGAUGUAUUCCAAAAGUUCUAUGCCAGAAUGUUGGCAAAAAGAUUAAUUCAUGGUUUGUCUAUGUCUAUGGAUUCUGAAGAAGCAAUGAUAAAUAAACUAAAGCAAGCCUGUGGUUAUGAAUUUACCAGCAAGCUCCAUCGAAUGUAUACAGACAUGAGUGUUAGUGCUGAUCUCAACAAUAAAUUCAACAACUUUAUCAAAAACCAGGACACAAUCAUUGAUUUGGGAAUUAGUUUUCAGAUAUAUGUUCUACAGGCUGGUGCAUGGCCUCUGACUCAGGCUCCUUCUUCUACAUUUGCAAUUCCUCAGGAACUGGAAAAAAGUGUACAGAUGUUUGAAUUAUUUUACAGUCAGCAUUUUAGUGGAAGAAAGCUUACUUGGUUACAUUAUCUUUGUACAGGUGAAGUAAAAAUGAAUUAUUUGUGCAAACCUUAUGUAGCCAUGGUCACAACAUACCAAAUGGCAGUGUUGCUUGCCUUCAACAACAGUGAGACUGUCAGUUACAAGGAGCUUCAGGACAGUACACAAAUGAAUGAGAAGGAGUUGACAAAAACCAUCAAAUCUUUGCUUGAUGUCAAAAUGAUCAACCAUGACUCAGACAAGGAAGAUAUAGAGACAGAGUCUACGUUUUCAUUAAAUAUGAACUUCAGCAGUAAACGAACAAAGUUUAAAAUUACCACAUCAAUGCAGAAAGACACGCCACAGGAGAUGGAGCAGACCCGAAGUGCUGUAGAUGAAGACAGGAAAAUGUAUCUUCAAGCUGCUAUAGUCCGUAUCAUGAAGGCACGUAAAGUGCUGCGACAUAACACUCUUAUUCAGGAGGUAAUUAGCCAAUCAAGAGCUAGGUUUAACCCAAGUAUCAGCAUGAUUAAGAAGUGUAUUGAAGUCCUGAUAGACAAACAGUACAUAGAGCGAAGCCAGGCCUCUGCAGACGAAUACAGUUAUGUAGCAUGAUGUUGCUAUCCUGCAGGUAUGAUUGUAAGGAGAUCAUUGCUGUCACUGUUUGGUGUGUUCCUGUGGGAAGAGGCAGGCCUGUGCCUCCAUAAUUGGUCACUUGGCAGCCCCUGUUUUUCUGCUGUUUACAACAUCACCAGUGCCAUGUCAUGAGCGUCAAUGAAAAUGCCUAUAGAUAUUUCAAGCUCAUGUCAUUAUGACAUUUCUUAAAACUUUACUAAAAGAAUGAGUGAAGUAUUGCUGAAAUGUGGAGAAUUGGUUGGGUACCAUGCUUUUUUUUUUCCCCCUCCCCUUUCACGUUUGCAGUUGAUGUUUUUUAAUGUAUCUUAAGACAAAGUAAAAAAAAAAUCACACAAAAAACCUAAAUAUUGUAAUAUGACAGAUAACCUAAUAAUUGUAUCUACAUUAAAAUGUAAAAAAAAAUGACGAACAUGAUACUGCUGCUUGUCAAAUAAAAAAAUAAAGUUAUAUAAUGUGUCUUGAAUGAUUGUACAGCUGGAUAUAGCAUUAAUGUCUGUAAAUAUUAUUCAGGCCUGAAGAAUAGAAAUAAUGUUACGUGUUUGGGUUUUGGAUAACCUCAGAAGUAGGUCUGACAUAACAACUAAUUUAUAUAAAACUGAAUACCAGGUAUGUCAUGUUUGAUGUGAUUAUAAAAAAUAUUUAUGAUUUGAGUGCACAUCUUGUUUUCUUGAGAUUAGGCUAAUUUACAUUCUCGGUGCCUGAAGGCCUCUACUGUGUCUGUUAAUCCCACACUGCAGGAAUACGUUACAAGAGAAAAUAAACUGAUGUUUGGGGGGAUUAAAAUGGUGUAGUUCACAAACACUUAGGAAUAGUUAUCGUGAACAUCAAAGAUAGAGUUCAGUGGCUUGUGAAACCACUUUCUUAAUGGGAAAGCAUAUAGCAGGCUGGUAACUGAAAAAUUUUUUCUCUAAUGUAUUGUAUAGAGAGUACGUGGAUGGGUGUCUAUGUUUGUUUCCACAUAAACUCAUACUGCUUGUUUCUUGUUUUCCCUCCUGACUCCUAUGGUUGUUUUUAUCAUGUUUUGUUUUCCUCUGCCCCAAUUAGAUUUCCAGCUGUUAGGGUGAGACAAGAAAUCCACAGGCUAUUUCAUGUCCUGUGUUGUUCAUUGGGGUUGGCAUGGUGACUAUUCAUUCUUAAACAAGCAAACUAUAAUUUUAAAAGGUACUAACUCUACCACUGGAAGUGAAUGGAAUUUAAGAGCAUUGAGAGUUUGAACACAUUGAAUGCCUGCUGCAGAAGAGUUUCCUCAUGACUAUGCCUGCAAUUAUGAUUGACAGGAUAAAUAUUAAGUUUAAAUGUUCUAUUUUUGCCAGAUUUAUUUGCGUGCAUAUAAAAAUACAUAUGUAGAUAUAUAGUAUUUGCAGUAUUUUUUUAGAUUGUGUAGUAUCACCUACUAAAAAUCCACAUAUCAAGAACUAAUUCUAAAGAAAAGCAAACCUUUGAAGGGAGCUUUUUACUCUUUUUUUGUGGUUUUUCUUUUUAUUCUUUUUUUCUUUUUCUAGUUCUCCACUGUAUGAAAGGCUUCUCUCCAACUCUCAGAUUGUUGCUGUCUCUUAUUUCUUAAAUGAUAUUGCAUUCAUAUACUAUCUAGAGGGUAUAGGAAACUUUCUGUGGUUAACUAGGAAAUGCAUCAAGAAGUGAUGCUGUUUUUCUGAUGUGGAUUUUGCUAAGGAUGAAUAAAGGGCAAUAAACAAUAAAGUGCAAUAAACACUC